AGCUGCCUUUCUUCCUUACGGUUACUUCAUCACCCUGCAUUUUAGGCUUCUGUUUUCAACAGAAAAAAGGCUCCGAUUUCCGAUUUCUGAUUUCCGAUUCAAAACAACUGUAAUGGCGUUGGAGUGGGUUGUGCUAGGCUACGCCGCCGGAGCAGAGGCGAUCAUGCUCCUUCUACUUACCCUUCCGGGCAUCGACCCGCUCCGUAAGGGCCUGAUCACCGUCACGCGCAACCUGCUCAAACCUUUCAUGUCGAUCGUCCCCUUCUGCCUCUUCCUGUUGAUGGAUAUCUACUGGAAGUACGAGACUCGCCCCACCUGUGAAUCGCCUGAUUCGUGUUCUCCCUCGGAGCACCUUCGCCACCAAAAGUCUAUCAUGAAGUCUCAGCGCAACGCCCUCCUCAUCGCCUCCGCCCUCGUAUUUUACUGGCUCCUCUACUCCGUCACCAGCCUCGUCGUCCGCAUCAACCAGCUCAACAGUCGCUUGGAGAAGAUUAAGAACCGGGAGUGAUUCCUUGCUCUCACGCUUGGAUCGAUCACCGAGAGAUUUUCAGUUUUCGAAUCAGAUAAGGCCAUUUUAUUGCUUUUCAUUUCACGGAAUGUGUAGUGGCUU